AUGCUCUUCAUCGGCGAAAAUGACGAGACUCUGUACGAGCAUCGGAAGAACAACAGCAUUGGCAUUCUUCUGUGCAAAGCUGUCCUGUCUCAGUCACUGCUAGCUUUGGUGAUAUCAAGUGCUUUACAGUUUAUGUCGUUCCGCUCGAUUACGGCUGCAGUCAGCGUGUCUGUUGUUGUGAUGUCCCUCAUGUCCUUUCCGCACGUCCCUUGGAAGGUGUGGGUUUUCCUGCAGUGGUAUAACGUUUCGGUCAUCUUUGCGAAGGUGAUUUUUCAGCUAACGGUAUUCUGCGAGGAUGGAUCUCUAAAUUACGAUGGCUGUAAAUCAAUGUGCGGGAGCGACAUGCCGUUCACAGCUCUCCUGGGCUUAGUCAAAUCGAAAAAGACGUCCGAUCCCUGCAGCCUUGCGCGGCCGAACUUGACUUCGGUAUUGUGGGCUGACUGCCUCGCCAGCAUUGUCCUUCUGCUGGUGAUGUGUGCAGCAAGAUAUGGUGGACGAUUUUCCAGCACCUCUGAAAUUCUCAACAGCUUGAAAGCUUACGAACGGCGAAAUCGAAGGAUGAGCACGUUUACGGUCAUGCAGCCGCUUGAUCUACAGGCAGAUGAGGACGGUGAGGACGAAGAGUCCAACGGGGGUGCCUCAAUGACGUCAGCUGCCGGCGAGUCAGAGGUCGGGCGACAGCCCAGCAACUUUGCAGACAGGUCCUUGGAGAUGCUAGAGUCGCUCACACGAUGGCUGAAGGAGAACAUCAUGGGUGCGACAAAGGUGCGGAGACCUGCCAUGGAUCUUUACGAACCUCGCUUGUGCAUUGCCCUUACUUGCCUUUCCAUGCUUAUAUUCGGUUGGAGUACCAUGGUGGAGAACGGCCGCAGCUUUUCUGCAUCCCUUCGAGCGAAUCAGUUUGGCGGUAACCAAGUGAAGGUCCUCGUUCUUUUCCUGACCAUGAUCGUGAUGGAUCGCGCCCUGUACACCUGGUAUCGCUCAGACUACAUUUGUGAGGAUGAUGAUGAAGAUGAUGGCCAGGCACGGGUUCAGACCUCGGCCUCUUGGAUGUGGAAGGGCAUCAUGGCCAGGGUCGUUCAGAAGCUGAAUAUCCUUGUGCAUGUCAUUUCCAUCCACGCGCUGUUCAUCCGCCAGUGGAGCUUGAAAGGUGUCAAGCGCGAUAUGAUGCAUGAGGAAAUUUCGAUCAUGAGCUUCUCGGCCCUGUCUGGUUUCUAUGUGCUCUACCUGACUUACCUCGCGCUGAGCUCUUUGCAAUUGAAGUAUGACGUGCACGUGAUGCAAGGUGGCCUUCGGUUCUGCCAUAGCACAGACAUUGGUUCGAUGCUCGUGUUUAAGGUUUACAGUGCCCUGCCAUUCUUGAACGAACUGCGGGUCAUCACAGACUGGACCGUUACCGAAACGUCAAUGAACUUGUUCAUGUGGUUGAAGCUGGAGGACGCCCACCAUGGUAUAUACCGUGUGAGAUUGGACAUGGAGGGCAGAGCCAUGACAGAUCCAGCCGAAGCGCGGCCGAUGUUCGAGAAGAUUUACAUGGGAGUUGCUCUGCUCUUGGUUCUUUUGGCACUACUGGUCGGACCAAUCAUAUUCUUCUCGGGUUUGAAUACCUUCAUGUUGGUACCCAGCCCUGUGACAUCGGCAGUCAUGCAGUUGAAUGUCAGAGUGGAAGCCGUUCACGGAUAUCGAGGGCUGAUGCUUUACGAGGCUGUGCAGAACCACAUCUCUCAAUACGCAGACACAAGCAGGUUUCAAAAAAAGUUGUCCGAGCAGGACAUUCCGAUCACACUCCAAGACAUUACAUUCCCUGUCGACUCGGACAUGUUCUGGGAACGGUCGUCGUCAAUGCAAGCCCUCAUGGCCACAUUGAUAGAUCCGGAAAAGAGUCCGGAUGCGGUUGUCAAGUUCCAGCUUCAUUUCCGCUUCGAGCUGAACUCCACUGCCACUCCGGUGUCGGGCAUGCGUGAGUUGAAAGCAGACAACAGAACGCGCAUGGUAUUGGCCAGGCUAUUGGGCGAUGCCGGUGACUCUGCGGGAAAGCAAGACAGGACAGAGCUGCGGAUCCCGAACCUCUUUCCGAAGUUCUUGAGACUGGCUGACGGCUCGGUCUCCGACAUUGAUUUUUUGCCAGACAAGGAGGAGAGGCAGCAUACCAAGGACUCUGUGAUCUUGAUCUACAGUCCUGCAACUCUCCCUCCGAGCCCUCAUCCACCGUACUGGUCUGUGGCUUCAAGCAGGACAAGCGCUUCGAACCCUAGUGGUCCUAGUGAGCUCGUGUGCAGCGUUGCCAGCAAUCACAUCGCCAGUGGCCCUGGUUCCUCCGAAAAGGACUCCAAACUGUGGUCGAUCAAUGGGCUGUACCUCGGAGUCGUCCUAACCGUGGGAAACCUGUUUCGGACGAUCUUCAAAGACAGUUCGAAGAGAAUGGUUUACGAGGAGGUGUCCAACACGGACUUGUUGUUGGACCUCUGCGAUGGCAUCUACUUAGCGCGAGUUCAAGGGAACUUGAAAGCCGAGUGGGAGCUGUACCACGAGCUGAUCCGUAUCUACAGAAGUCCGGAGCUAAUGGCACACGUGUCUGAACAGAAAGGUCGGCGAAAUCAAAUAGUGCCGACCGUGCCCAGCCUUCAGACUGUCCCGAGUGUUGACUCCAUGCCGACAUCAGCUCGGUGGCAGCUCGUGGCCAGACAGAUCAGGACUGGGAGCAGCAGCCGGCAUGAGGCCGAGUGA